CCUCUCGCGCCGGCUCCAAAGUUCCCUCAGGACUCGGCGGCGGCGGCUGGCUGUGUGAUGGCGCGGGCGCCCCGCCGGCCUCCCCACCGCCGCGCUCGGGCCGGAGCGCCUUGAGCCCAGCCUGCCAGUGAGCGAGACAGCCGGAGCCGGAGCGCAGCCGGCCAGCCAGCGAAUCAUGGGGAGCAAGGGGCAUUACCGAUAUCACUGGCAGAGCCACAAUGUCAAGCACAGCGGGGUGGAUGACAUGGUCCUUCUCUCCAAGAUCUCAGAAGAUUCCAUUGUGGAGAACCUCAAGAAGAGAUACAUGGAUGAUUACAUAUUUACAUAUAUUGGAUCAGUGCUGAUCUCUGUGAACCCAUUCAAGCAGAUGCCAUAUUUUGGAGAGAAAGAAAUUGAAAUGUAUCAAGGAGCUGCUCAGUAUGAAAAUCCACCACAUAUCUAUGCUCUAGCGGACAAUAUGUACCGAAACAUGAUAAUUGACAGAGAGAACCAAUGUGUCAUCAUCAGUGGUGAAAGUGGUGCUGGGAAGACUGUGGCAGCUAAGUACAUCAUGAGUUACGUCUCCAAAAUAUCAGGAGGAGGUCCAAAAGUGCAGCAUGUGAAGGACAUAAUUCUGCAGUCUAAUCCCCUUUUGGAAGCCUUUGGGAAUGCCAAAACAGUUCGGAACAACAACUCCAGUAGAUUUGGAAAAUAUUUUGAAAUCCAGUUUAGUCCAGGUGGGGAACCAGAUGGAGGCAAAAUAUCCAACUUCCUGCUGGAGAAGUCACGGGUGGUCAUGAGGAAUCCUGGAGAAAGGAGCUUCCACAUUUUCUACCAGAUGAUUGAAGGUGCCUCCACUGAGCAGAAAUCCAGCCUUGGCAUCACCAGCAUGGACUAUUACCACUACUUAAGCCUCUCAGGAUCCUACAAAGUGGAGGAUAUUAAUGACAAAUCUGAUUUCCAGGAAACUUUGCAUGCCAUGAAUGUGAUUGGGAUCUUUGCUGAGGAGCAGGCUUUGGUGCUGCAGAUCGUGGCUGGAGUCCUUCACCUGGGCAACAUCAGCUUCAAAGAAGUCAGCAACUAUGCAGCUGUGGAGAGCGAGGAGUUCUUGGCAUUCCCGGCUUUCCUCCUGGGAAUUAACCAGGGCCGACUCAAGGAGAAGCUGACCAGCAGGCAGAUGGACAGCAAGUGGGGCGGGAAAUCGGAAUCCAUCAACGUGACCCUCAAUGUAGAGCAAGCCUGCUACACCAGGGAUGCCUUAGCCAAAGCCCUUCACGCCAGAGUGUUUGAUUUCUUGGUGGAUUCAAUUAAUAAGGCUAUGGAGAAGGAUCACGAAGAAUAUAAUAUUGGUGUCUUGGACAUCUACGGCUUUGAAAUAUUUCAGAAAAACGGGUUCGAACAGUUUUGCAUCAAUUUUGUUAAUGAAAAGCUGCAGCAGAUCUUCAUUGAAUUGACGCUGAAGGCAGAACAGGAGGAAUACGUGCAAGAAGGAAUACGCUGGACACCCAUAGAUUACUUCAACAAUAAAAUUGUGUGUGACCUCAUAGAAAAUAAAGUGAAUCCUCCAGGCAUCAUGAGCAUCCUGGAUGAUGUAUGUGCCACGAUGCACGCUGUGGGUGAAGGGGCCGACCAGACCCUGCUGCAAAAGCUCCAGAUGCAGAUUGGGACUCACGAGCACUUCAACAGCUGGAACCAGGGAUUCAUCAUACACCAUUAUGCUGGAAAGGUGUCCUACGACAUGGAUGGAUUCUGUGAGAGGAACAGGGAUGUUCUUUUCAUGGACCUGAUUGAACUCAUGCAAAGCAGUGAACAGCCUUUUAUAAAGGCUCUGUUUCCUGAGAAUCUCCAAGCUGACAAGAAAGGCCGACCCACAACAGCUGGUAGUAAAAUCAAGAAACAAGCCAAUGACCUUGUUGGCACCCUGAUGAAAUGCACGCCCCACUACAUCCGUUGCAUCAAGCCGAAUGAAACAAAAAAGGCUCGAGACUGGGAGGAAAGCAGGGUAAAGCACCAAGUGGAAUAUCUUGGGCUCAAAGAAAACAUCCGAGUGCGGCGAGCGGGUUAUGCCUAUAGGCGAGUGUUCCAGAAAUUCUUACAGAGGUACGCCAUCCUGACCAAAGCAACCUGGCCUUCCUGGAAAGGGGACGAAAAACAAGGGGUUCUCCACCUCCUCCAUUCUGUCAAUGUGGAUUCUGACCAAUAUCAGCUUGGGAGAACAAAAAUCUUCAUCAAGGCACCAGAGUCUCUGUUUUUGCUGGAAGAGAUGCGGGAGCGGAAGUACGAUGGCUAUGCACGGGCCAUCCAGAAGGCAUGGCGGAAAUACGUGGCCAGGAAGAAAUAUGUACAGAUGAGAGAAGAAGCCUCUGACCUGCUGCUGAACAAGAAGGAGAGAAGGAAAAACAGCAUCAAUAGGAACUUUGUGGGUGACUACAUAGGCAUGGAGGACCACCCAGAGCUGCGGCAAUUUGUGGGAAAGCGGGAAAAGAUCGAUUUUGCUGACACUGUCACCAAAUACGACAGAAGGUUUAAGGGCAUCAAGCGAGACCUCAUCCUCUCCCCGAAGUGUGUGUACCUGGUUGGGCGUGAAAAGUUGAAGCAAGGCCCAGAGAAAGGCCUGGUGAAAGAGGUGCUCAAGCGACGGAUCGAGGUGGAAAGGAUUCUCUCAGUUUCACUAAGCAUGAUGCAGGAUGACCUCUUCAUCAUUCAUGAGCAAGAAUAUGACAGUCUCCUUGAGUCAGUCUUCAAGACGGAGUUUCUCAGCCUUUUGUCGAAGCGCUACGAGGAGAAGACACAAAGGAGGCUACCUCUCAAGUUCAGCAAUACGCUUGAAGUGAAGCUAAAAAAGGAGAACUGGGGGCCCUGGAAGGCUGGUGGGUCCCGCCAGGUGCAGUUCAGCCAAGGCCAGGGAGACGUGGCCAUUCUCAAGCCAAGUAAUAAAGUGCUGCAGGUCAGCAUCGGGCCUGGACUCCCAAAGAACUCCCGCCCCACCAGAAGGAAUGUAACCCAAGGCAGGAGCUGUUCCAGCAGAACCACACAGGGCCAGCACUACCCUAUGAGGGCCGCACCGCCUCCCCCUGGUCUUCAUCAGAAUGGGGUGAUAAAAAUCCCACAACACACACCCCACCCUCAAGGCCUUGUGAGCCAGCGAGCCAGCCAGAGAAGCCUGUACACAAGUAUGGCGCAGCCCCCAUUGCCUCAGGUCUUGGGUGGAUCAGAUCGAAUUUCCCAGCAGCCAGACAGCUUGGACUUCCUCAAGGUCCCAGACCAAGGGGCGGCCGGCGUUCGCAGGCAGACUACAAACCGGCCCCCACCUGCAGGAGGCAGACCCAAGCCACAGCCGAAACCAAAGCCUCAGGUACCCCAGUGCAGGGCGCUGUAUGCCUACGAUGCUCAGGACACAGAUGAACUCAGCUUUAAUGCAAAUGAUGUUAUUGAUAUCAUCAAAGAAGAUCCCUCAGGCUGGUGGACAGGCAGGUUAAGAGGGAAAAAAGGACUCUUCCCAAACAAUUAUGUGACCAAAGUAUAAUCCUGCAGCCCCCUCAAGAGGCCCUUGCGACCAUAAAGGUGCUGUCAGUUGUGCUUUUCCAACUGCUGUGGUCUCCUUAUAAAGCUACAGUUCUGUGCAGCAUUGAUAACAGGCAGCAGUCGUUCCAUCAGUGAAACUGAAAGGCAAAAGAUGGAAGACGGGAAAGUCCCCAUGUUUACUCUCCAAAAAGCCAAAGCCGAUGUGUCAGCUGCCCAUGAAACCAAACCAAGGAAUUAUUUAUUUUAUUGAAUGCUUUUUUCUCAUGAAGGAAGAGCGUGUUUAAAUUCCAUUCUUUUUUUAAAAAUGCCUCAAAAUAGCAAGGUGCUCUGUGAGGACUUUGGAAGAGUUACAUACACACUUUUUACAAGUGCCUUUAGUUGCUCUGGUGACUUUCUUCUAAAUUAUGUAACAAAAUAAUGGCAUUAUUAUGCACAUUUCCUCUGUUGAUGACUUUGCGGAGGAUCACAGUAAUAAGUUAUGCUGCUACCUGCCUUAGAAUAGUAGGAUUCUAUUUCUUCUUGGACUCUUGUCAUUCUCUUCCCCUGAAGCAUGUAUUUUAAAAGGCCUCACAGCAAGCUUGACCAGGUUUACUUGGGAGCUACAAUGAUUCUGCAAGGGCACUGCGACCAAAGAAAGGCAACCUUGUAUGCUGUAAAUGGUUUGCAUUUAUGUUGACUUGUUAAUGUGGCUGGCCCAUGUUGGUUUUUAUUAUUGAUGCAUCUGUGGGGGGGGGGGCUUCCCAAGGAAGCUUUGUGCAUUUAAUGAAUAGAACUUAAGAAAUAUACAUUUUAAAAAUGAAAUAACAGGCAAACCUGUAUGAAUGUACACAGCAGUAACCCACUGUACUUAAUGAUAAAGGUAGCUCAGUUAGCAUUUUGGGGCUGGGUACUUCUACCUAUGCACUAUUCUUUAAGGAUAAAGUCAGUGUUACAAAAGCUUGAUUAAGCCCAGCUGCCUUUCCCAUCAGCCACAAAAGCUGUUGCUUACCCAAUGCAUGUUAAUUUAUCCAUUCUCUUCUCAACCAUCAUCAAUAAAAACAUAGGAACUACCGCAGCAGUGUGGGGGCUUUUAUCGCAAGUGGGAAUUAUGCUCUUGUUAGUGAAAAGUACUGAUUAACAGUACACAUUGCAGCUGAAGCAUAAAAAGUGUUCCGAGAAAGAGACCGCAGCCUAGUGGCAGAGUGUCUGCUUUUGCACACAGGGGGACCAAGCCACAUUCAAUCCCUGGAGGUCUCAUCAAGGUGGUCAGUAGGAUGUGGCAGGUUCCACUUGCUCUGCAUCUUAUGGCUGCUGGCCCAUUCUCCGUGGCCAGGAGCCUGCCAGACUCUGCACCAACCUUGCCUUGUCCUGAGGGGCCUGCAGAUGGGGCCAGCUCCAGCCAACCUUCUCUUUGUACAGCAUUAGGGCUUUCCACCAUGACAGAUGCCUUGAGAAUAAAAACAUUCAUGCUGCUUUCAUGCAUAUUUAGCUGCUUCUGCUCCAGAACAAAUCUAAGCAACACCAGGAAGUUCUGUGCCAUAGGAGCUCUGCUCUGUCAAAUGUAGAAGAAAAAUGGAGCUCAGAAGCACGUAAUCUCAAAUCUAGCUGCAUCAAAGCACUGGAGCAGGAAGACAGAAGUGUUUUCAAGUGGCUUCCAGAAACGCUAAACUUUUAAAGGUAGCUGCUACCACCAGAAGUUCAACACACUCUGCCACAAUACAAGAUUUAAAUGCUACAGUCAGAAAUGCUAAGGAUGGUACCAACAAGCUUACAGAGAAAGAACAGCAGCAGCCCCCCCCCUGUCUAUCCCCUUCCCACAGCACCCUACAAUCAAGGCUCAGGCUGUAUUUACACACCAAGGGCAAGAGGACUAGGAGUGAUUGGGCACCUCCUUGUUGUUCAUGAGGCUUUGUUAAACUCUAAUUGUCCCAUUUUACCUAAACCUGCACACACAUGGAACAAUCCCCCCCAAACUAGGAUUUCAGGCCAUGGGUUUGACAACAUUGAAAACGAUGGCUUAACCAGCCUCCGGCCUUAGCAGUAAGGCUGCUUAAACUUAUUAGUAAAUGGUAGAGUAAAGCUAAGGCUUUGCCCAGAGCUUCUCAUUUUCAAGAAGCAAAAUAUUUCAAAUACUAUCCUUUAGUAAGGUACAGUGGAAUUCUUACUGAUGCACAAACACAAAACCAGCAGUAACUUACAGGUAUUUUAACACCAUCGGUUUCAGAUCUCCUGACCUAAACUGUAUAGAAGGCAAAUUGUAACAAGGUGUGAAAGUGGAAUGAAAAGCAUAAUUGCUUGUCAUUUAUUCCAGAUGUUUAAUUUUGGUUACAAAAAAUGUUGAAAAUGACCAAAAGCAUUUUCUCUUGGCCUGUGAAUGCCACUCUGGCUCAGUGCAUCAUUUUCAUUUCCGGGGGUGGGUGGGAGAGAGGGCGGCAGCAGAAGCUGCUUCAACCUGAAGUCUUAGUCAGUGUCUGGCCAAGAACAGCAAGUCAUUGUUGGCCAAGAAAACACACGGCAGUGAGGGGAGUGGGGACCACUUCUGGCUCCUGUGCAUAAGGAGAUGUGCAACAUUUUCAAGGCACUGAAAUGCUGUGGAGCAGAAACAAGAAAGGAAGCUGCCUCCUGGCCUUCUCUGGCUUUCACUUACCCUGGUAAGCCCAAGCAGCACAGUGAGAAGGCCAGCUAGAAAGAAUGAAUGGACUUGCAAGACUGCCAAACUAGCAAAGUGCUGCUCUACCUUGGGAAUACCAUUAAGACUCCUGCAUUUUGUUUUUGUAAAAGGACAUUUUUUUACAAUAUCUUUAUUAUGUACAAGAACAUGGAAUAUUAGUUUAAGAGAAACUGUAAGCAUCCACCUUAAAA